AUAAUAUUUUUCAACUAAUCUUUUCUGAUAAGAUCAUAGAUUGUGACAUGAUGAUAUCAGAGCAAAUCAGACCCAUGAUCUAUAUGAACUAGGGAGACACUACAACACAGAUAUAUUCAAGCUGAACACGAGUUGAUUGUAAUAUUUAUGAUUGGAUUUGGAUUCAUAGCCCGAUGAGGAUGACAUGACUCAAAACGUAUAUAAGGGUUUUAGUGGAAAUACAUGAAUAUAUAUUACAUGCGCAUAGCAGCAUUCAUGGGUGCAUAACUUUUCAAAAGCUCAGGGAAAAUAUGCUUUAUUUUUAAAAUAUACUAGGGGAUAUUUGAAUAAAACUACCUACAUACAGAAAGCGGUCACAAUUCUCAUAUCAAGAGAUGAGGAAUUCAUGUAUUGACAUGCAAUAAGAUGGGCAUGAAAUUAUGCAUCUCAUACAUCUCCAUGCGUUGUGUGCGGAUUUUGAGCAGGCCUAGUGUUUUCAUAGAUAAUAAAAAAGAUGAGACUUUGAGGUUCUUUUAAAAGCCAUGACGCGGACGCAGUUAGAAAAGGCCAUCAAGUUUUGAUGCAUGGUGAUAGAAAGAAAUCCCGGCUUUGAAAACAAAAAGCGAAAGAAAGGGAAAUUUGUGAACAAAAAGAGAGGAAAGGAGGAAGAAACGGAGACAGGUCUGGUGCAGUCUGAUAUUAUGAUUACUUCAAGUCAUCACCAUCUCCCACACAACACAAUACUUCCUUUUCUUGUGACUAGAUGACCAUCUUUGCAAUAUACAGGGAAACGUUAUCAUGGAUGAGGGGGGACAUGUUAUGAUCAACAAGGAAGAUGAGGGGGCAAAAUGAUUAAACCCAGGAUCGAUCGUUCUGCUUGUAGUCGGGGUACUAGUGCUGCUUUUCCUUGUUGAUAACUAUGCUCUGUACAUGUAUGCACAGAAGACCCUUCCACCAAAUAAGAAGAAACCUGUUUCCAAAAAGAAGAUGAAGAAGGAGAGGCUCAAGCAGGGAAUUUCCGCUCUAGGAGAAUAAGAUUUUAAUGUCAUUAAUUCUCAAGGUUGAUUCUCUGUUAAAGCUAAGAACCUUCAGAUUUUCCUUUUUCAUUGUGAAACAGAGGCUGAUCAGAAAAAACGUUUACUAUGAGAUCUAAUUUACUCGAAAUUGUAAGGUGGGCUUAAGUUAUUGGAGAAUGCAGUCGACUUGUCACUGGCCAUCGAUCUCUUUACUUAGGUGGAUUGUGACCAUCAUACACCUAGCAACUGAAGAAAGACCUGGAGAUUUUAGCUGCUCUGGACCACCCCUUCCUUUACAACUUUGCUUUAAGAUUGUAUGAACUAAUCAUUGCUAACCAUUUGCAAAUUGUGCUCCUGGGAUUUCUUGUGUAAUAUUUCUUUCCUGUGCUCCCCUCUGAAACCUUUUUAUUCGAAGCACCAUUAUGUAUGAAGAUCGAACAUCCUGCACCACACCAAAAUGCUUGCCGAAAAUAUGGUUCUUGGACGGAGUUGUAUGCAAUUAUUAUUGGAUAUCUAACCCCAAUUAGGACACUCAUGAUUGUUAUACAGGGGCGAAUUGUUUACUGUUGAUUAAUAAGAUUGUAAUUCUGAGCUAAUUAGAUUUCUUAUUCGUGCGCUGGAUAUGUUAUUUUUCCCCCUUUUUUUGAUACAUAAUACCUGGAGAGUUACUCAGGAAAGCUGUGAUAGAUCAUCACCGAUACCAAGAUUUCCAGUGCAUCGACAAUGAUAGGGUAUACCGCAUACCCCCUCCAAGCUGCAUUUCUUCGCAUCGACACGACUGUAGUGGGGGAUAAGAAACGCAGGAUAUCUCUCGUAUCCAUCCUAGAUUUGGACUACAAAACGCUCGAAGCAAAUUAGGACGUGAAACUUGACCGACACGGAAAAGAGAACCGGCCCAGACGAAGGCCCAUUAAGUCACAUUUCGUCCAGGCCCAUUGACCAUGACCGCAUGGACGCCGAAGUCCCAUCCUUUAUUCUCACCCGAAAAUCUUUUCAAACGCUCCCCCUUGCUACUCCUGGAGUACAAUCACAAGGGCGGCAGUGGCAAAUAUGCUCGCAUGGCCGACAACACCUCAUCUUGCCUCUUGGAUGCCAUGGACGGGGUCUGGUUCCCGAACCCCUCUAAACCUGCCAUCACAAUCCUGCUCAUCAUUAGUUUCGGAAGGCAGAUUAUGGAAGGAUGCUUAUAAGAAGAGACCAGCAUGGUUGAAUCUUGUCAUUGGCCAGCCUAUACUCCGCUUGCAAACACCACCUAAAAGCAUGGUCAGCUCAUGUCCUUCAUCCCCAAGCACGAGUUUGCAUGCCUAGCCCGAUACUCGCAGUAGGAGAAAAGAACCAUGGAAGAUGAGGAGCUACAAGAGUUUAUCUGAUCUUGAACGUUAUGACCUGAAGGGUUUCAUGGAUCUAGGCUUUGUAUUCCACGAGGAGGCAUUGGACGCAAAGAUAAUGAGCACAAUACCAGGGCUACGAAGGAUGAGGGAGAGAAGCAAAAGGAUUGAAGUGAAGAAAGUGCACUAAUGAGGAACAGCUGAAAAGGCCAUAUCUGUGUGAGGCCUGGUUCAUCAGCAGACCUGAUUCCCCAGUACUCAGUCUCGGGAUGCUACCAAAAUCUCGUGAUGGAGCAGGCAUGAAGAAGCAGCUCAGAUUCUGGGCUAGAAAAUUUGCUUCCUUGGUCCAUGAGUAAUAUUGGGGAAACAAAAAAUCUAUUACCAUAGAUCCAAAUAAUAUCCUGAAUUUUUGCAUGAAUUUUUCAAGCAUAGUUGCAGGGUAACAUCCUCUCUCCUAGUUUUUCUAUUUUUUUAUUGGGUUGUCAAGAAUGACCUCAUGGCCGAGCGGUACUUUCUGGUUGGCCUUGACAGCAAGUACCUUAUCGGAUUAGCCCUCAAACUUGAAAGUUUUGGACGACAACAAAUCACGAUAAGUGCUAGAAAGAAAAGAAAGAGCCCAGCAAACCUACCGUAACCGAAUAGGAAUAGCAGCAUCCGUGCCAUCAAAAGAAUCAAAGGAAAAAAAAAAAAAGGAUUAGCUGACUUUUGGUCUACACAUCAAAGAUCUUCAUGAUCGUCCUCCCAAAUUAGGGCCAAUAUUUUGCAAGUAAACAAUUCUAAAGCUUACUCUGUAUGGGGCUCCUUUUGGUUGGUCAUGGUGGUGGGGUUGUUAGGAUAUCACCUCCACCUAAAAGAUGGAAAAGAAGAUCCUGCCUCGUCAGACGCAAGAGAAGGGUGGACACAAGCACUUAGGAGGCAACUAUCGGAGGGCAAAGUAUCCAUCUUCACCAAUUGUAAAUGUAGGCAAAAAAAAAA